AGCAGUCUUCAUCAUUGUACACACGCAUUCGCGCACGCUAUGAGCAAAUGAUGACAGGCAUCUAGAGUAUUCUACAGCUGCUAAUAAUUAAAAGGAGUUUAACUCACAUGGGUGAUCUUAUAACAAACUCUAAUGUUUAACAAUAAGGAGGAGAUCGUCUAUGGCAUGGUGAGUUUGAGAAACAGAAGCGAUCCGACAAUUCAGAGUUGAAGUAUAAAUGAAGGUUAAGUUACCGAAAGUUCAAUUGAUUCUACAAUUUAAGAUUCGAGGAUAGAGAAGAUUACAAUUUUCAUAAUACAGUCCACUUACCUGAGUUUCCCUAUCCUGGUUGCAAAUUAAAUUCCAGUUUAGUUAUGGACUAACAACAGAAAGGAAUAGUCUGCGUUUUAUACAAUAAAUAUAAAUACCUUACUAUUAUAGUUAUUUAUUAUUAAACAAUACAGAUAAAAAUGAAAUUGUUGUUUUUUCUCGCAUUGGUCGUCACCAUAAAAGGAGCAGCGGUUAGUAACGAAGAAUGUGAUGGGAUAUCUAUAAACGGCACUUAUUACGAAAGGGAGUUACUAAAAACUAACUUAGAUCGUCCAUAUUCCUUGGCUAUAGACUGGGGCACAAAUAUACUGUAUUUCAGUUACAGUCUCCAACCAACUGAUGAUGUAUUUAAAAGUCUUAAGAUCAAUCUUAACACAAAAGAGUAUUCAGAAAUCGAUGUAGAGAACGGUUUUGUGCACACAGUAGAUCAAAAAAAACAUGUAGUUUAUAUUGGUACUGCAAAAGGUAUUUACAAAUACGAUUAUGCGACGAAUAAAGCAGAACCAUUCGAUGUUUUGGAAUCAGAUAUUUGGGAGAUAUUCUACAAGAAUGGUGUGUUGUAUUAUUCAGAUUUCCCGGAACAAUUCUUGUAUAAUUUAACGUAUGAUGAAAAGUCACGUGUUGAGGAUUUGGAUUACAUGAAAAUAAUACAUUUUGUUAUUGAUGAUAAUGAAGUAAUGUUUUAUACAAAUGCGACAGGACUUUAUAGUCAACCGAAAGGUAGUAAAGACGCAUAUUUAUAUCAACAAUUGGAAAAUGGUGAUAAAGUAAGAGGCUUAACUCUAAACAUCAAAGGAUACGUUUAUGCGUGUUUUGAAGAUGGUAUAUACAAGAUUAAUACAGCUACUGGCGUACUGGAACAGAUAUUGGAAAUUGAUGACGCUUUUGGUGUCGCUUUUGACGCUAGUAAUAAUAUUGUUUAUUCCGACGCCACGUCUGUUUAUUAUCUAAAAGCGAAUAAAGAUAAGAAUUGUGGCGGAUAAAUAUUGGUUAAGAAUAAAAUGUUAAUUAUGUUCUUA